AUGACCCCGCCCCCAACCAACAUGACCACCCUGCCCCCCAUCACCACGACCACCCCACCCCCUAGCAACACGACCACCCUGCCCCCCAUCACCACAACCACCCUGCCCCCCGGCAACACGACCAACGUACCCCCAACCAACACGACCACCCUGCCCACCCCGCCCUCCACCAACAUGACAACCCUGCCCCCCGGCAACACGACCCCACCCCCAACCAACACGACCACCCUGCCCCCCAUCACCACGACCACCCCACCCCCUAGCAACACGACCACCCUGCCCCCCAUCACCACAACCACCCUGCCCCCCAGCAUCACGACCAACGUACCCCCCACCAACACGACCACCCUGCCCCCCAGCAACACGACCAACGUACCCCCAACCAACACGACCACCCUGCCCACCCCGCCCUCCACCAACAUGACAACCCUGGCCCCCGGCAACACGACCCCACCCCCAACCAACACGACCACCCUGCCCCCCAUCACCACGACCACCACACCCCCUAGCAACACGACCACCCUGCCCCCCAUCACCACAACCACCCUGCCCCCCAGCAACAUGACCAACGUACCCCCAACCAACACGACCACCCUGCCCCCCAGCAACACGACCAACGUACCCCCAACCAACACGACCACCCUGCCCACCCCGCCCUCCACCAACAUGACAAUCCUGCCCCCCGGAAACACGACCCCGCCCCCAACCAACAUGACCACCCUGCCCCCCAUCACCACGACCACCCCACCCCCUAGCAAUACGACCACCCUGCCCCCCAGCAACACGACCAACGUACCCCCAACCAACACGACCACCCUUACCCCUAGCAAUACAACCACCCCGCCCCCCAGCAACACGACCACCCCUACCCCUAGCAAUACAACAACUCCACCCCCUAGCAACACGACCACCCCUACCCCCGGCAACACGACCACCCUGCCCCCCGGCAACACAACCACCCCGCCCCCCAGCAACACGACCACCCCUACCCCCGGCAACACGACCACCCUGCCCCCCGGCAACACAACCACCCCUACCCCUAGCAAUACAACUCCACCCCCUAGCAACACGACCACGCUGUCCCCUAGCAACACGACCACCCUGCCCCCCAGCAACACGAUCACCCCUCCCCCCAGCAACACAACGACCCCACCCCCUAGCAACACGACCACCCCUACCCCCGGCAACACGACCACCCCUCCCCCCAGCAACACAAAGACCCUACCCCCUAGCAACACGACCACCCCGCCCCCUAGCAACACAACGACCCCACCCCCUAGCAACACGAUCACCCCGCCCCCCGGCAACACGACCACCCCUACCCCCAGCAACACGACCACCCCUACCCCCGGCAACACGACCACCCUGCCCCCCGGCAACACAACCACCCCACCCCCCAGCAACACGAUCACCCCACCCCCUAGCAACACAACUACCCCGCCCUCCAGCCACACAACGACCCCACCCCCUAGCAACACGACCACCCCUCCCCCCAGCAACACAAAGACCCUACCCCCUAGCAACACGAUCACCCCACCCCCUAGCAACACAACGACCCCACCCCCUAGCAACACGACCACCGCACCUCUCAGCACCUCCGUUACAACCCCGGCCCCGAUCCAUUUCUUUCUCUCGUUCCGCAUUGUGAACUGGAACUUCAACGACUCCCUUCUCAGCCCCAGCACCAGUUACUACAAGGAAUUAUCUUCCAAAGUCCAGAGCCUGUACCUCAGUAUCUACGGCUGCCCAGGGUGCCCGAAUGGGCAGAACUACCUGGGAUUCACUGAUCUGCGUUUCAGCCAGGGCUCGGUGGUGACUGAGUCCGUCCUGCGGUACCGAGUGAGCAACGCCAGCAUCACCACCACCGGCAUUGAGCAGCAGCUGACACAAAGGCUGAACAGCCAGAACAGCUUUGGUGGACUCCAGCUGGACAAUAUCCGCGCCAACUCUGGCAGCUCUCCCCCAGCCACCACGGCACCAGCUCCCCUGGUGCCUGGCUGGGGCAUCGCCCUGCUGGUCCUGGUCUGCAUCCUGCUGGUGCUGAGCAUCGUCAUCUUCCUCCUGCUGAUCGUCUGCUCGUGCCGCAGGCGGAACCGUGGGAAGCUGGAUCUGUUUAGCUCACAGGCCUCGUACCAGCCCAUGAACGAGUACCCCACCUACCACACCCACGGGCGCUUCAGCGCCCCCGGCAAGAAGCAGAAUCCUUACAGUGACAUCGCCGCCGGCAACGGCACCAACGCCUUCUACGCCAACCCUGCGACGUCAGACAAUCUCUAGGGGCACCACCCCGAGGACCAGUGGGAGCAGAGCUCCCAGCAUCGCCAUGUACUUCCUGCAGCUGGACUCCAGGGUGCCGGGCGGGGCCGACAAGGCAGGGGUUUGCUGCACUGGGGAGGAGGGGGUUCCAUUCAAAGUGUGGCGGGGUGAGGGGGGGGUGACUGCUCCCCCCACCCUGCAACCCCUGGCCCUGGGAUUGGGCCAUGUGGGGGCGAGCACUAAUGGGGCAAAUUCCUAAUGGGGGACAGUAAAGGGGCUGCCCCAUAUAUCCCCCCCACCAACCAGCCUGGGCAGUGCAGGGAAUAUGACAGGGACACCCCAAGGGAGCCCCCCCAUACUGCCCCGAGCUGUGUAUGGGGUGUGUCCCCUGCUCCUCCCACAGCCUCGGGGGCCCUCUCUGGCCCAGCUUCCACCUGUUCCCAGAAGGUGGGAGCGAGCAUCAGACGGUUCUGGAGCAGCCAAAUUCGAAUGCAUGAAGGAACUGGAUGAACAAUGCAAGGGAAGGACCCUCCUCUCUGCCUCCCCCCAAUUCCAAGCCUCUCCUGCCUGCAAUCACUUGCCAAAUGCUGUAUCCUGCCAUGAGACCCCCAGUGUGCAGUGUUCAGGUUCCAGGGGUUGCGUUUGCCUGCACGGCUGGACUGGGGCUCCAUUUUUAUAAUGUGUUCUGUAACCACGCUGCUCUGUGAUGGCCGCCCCGCCAUGACGGGGGGUCACAAUGUCCUUGGGAAGGUCUGUAUUUAUAGUGCUUCACAAUAAAGGGAUCUGUGCUGA